GAUAGUAUAAUUCUCAUUAUAUUGUGAUUUCAAAAAAACAUUUUAUUUGAUUAACAUUAUUUUAUUAUUGUAAUUAUUUUUAUGUUUCUAUUUAUUUUACGAACAUAUACGUUUUUGUGUCAUUCCAAUAAUUGCACUAUUUACUUUUUUUAUUUAAGCAUUUAUUAUUUAUGUAUAGUGACCUAUCAAUUGUCACACAUUUUUAAUUUCCAAUUUAAUCACUAAUCUGACAUAUCCUGUAUAAUGUAAUUUAUAAACACAUUAAGUCAACACACUGAGUUAUUUAAGGACAUGUUGAUGAUGUUCCUUAAUGCAACUUGAUCAGCAUUAAUUAUAUAUUAAAAAAACAAAAACAUAAUUAAAAAAAUGUCGAUCCCAUCCCGGCGCUACUGACAUCCGUAUCGCUCCGCCCGCCCUACAGAGGAGACUGCAUGCUUGUGACGUCAGUGAAGGAAGCUCCCUCUCAAUUAAACACGUUUUCGUUGUUAUUGUCGUGACGUGAAGGCUCGUUCAGGCAAGAUGGUUCUAACCCACUUCAGCUGCAAGGUGAAUGUUGACGACGCCAUUGAAAUGUUACCAAAAUCGAGACGAGCUCUGACCAUUCAAGAGAUUGCGACAUUAGCGCGAUCCUCCUUACACGGUAUUUCCCAGGUAGUGAAGGAUCAUGUGACAAAGCCGACAGCCAUGGCGCAGGGCCGAGUGGCCCACCUCAUCGAGUGGAAGGGGUGGUGCAAGCCGAUGGAUACUUCUGCAGCCCUGGAGUCGGACUUUAAUUCUUACUCUGAUCUCACGGAAGGAGAACAAGAGGCGCGUUUUGCUGCAGGUGUGGCAGAGCAGUUCGCCAUCGCUGAGGCUAAGCUGAGGGCCUGGUCGUCAGUCGAUGGGGACGAGUCCAAUGAUGACUCAUACGAUGAAGACUUUCUACCUGCCAAUGAGCCGACCACACAGAGCACAGAUGUGCCGUCGUAUCCUCCCUACCUAAAAGACCUGAUCCACAGCCAGCUUUGUCAACACCUGGGCCUGCGUGGGCUGUGCUGCGAGGGAGGGGACGAGGGAGGCCGAUACGGAGGGGGCAGCGGUGAGCCCUCUCCCACGGCGGGCUCCCCGGACACUCUGUGCUCCAGCCUGUGCAGCCUGGACGAGCACCACCCGCUGCUGCGUGACCUGGGCGGCCCCCGCGGAGGCCACAGCAACGCCGCCGAGCUCGCCGCUAAGAUCCUGUCAGCACUGCAGGGAGGGGAGGAGCUUCUUUUGGCUCGACUUCAGAGGGUGGGGCAGACGGGGCCCGGCAGGGGGGACUGUGGCUUCCACACCCUUGGGGGGAGCGGGCGGGGUGUCGGGCCUCGUGGGGGUCAGGCGUCCCCGUCCUACUCCAUGUCCUACUCUGAGACAUACCUGUCCCCUGGGGAGGACGAUGACACUCCCUGCAAGGACUUGUGCCAGGUGGAGGCCAGCGGCGAGGAGUUCCCGCCCGAUUAUGACCCCCGCAGGAGGCUGUCCGACGUGGCUUCCUCAGGAGUUGUUUCGCUCGACGAGGAAGAGGAGGAGGGAGAAGACGAAACAGUGGGCGACAACCAAUGACUGGUCUCGCCUCAGCGUUACUUAGGUGCCUCCUUCCACCAUGACACCUACAAUGUUUGCUUGAUUUAUUCAUCUGUCUUUGCCUUACUUCAAACAAACUCCUUGCAAUCUCAUCUCUUUGUUUUUUGCAAGCGUCCAAACAAUCAUUUUACCCGCGUGCAAAGAGGACUCGUGCUCACUUACACCUGACCUGUGCGCUGCAAACUCCACGAAAGAAAAAUGCAGACGGAAUGACUGAGUCCAGAACUCUGAUUUUUCUCUUUGCAUGCGUUCUGCAAGUUGCUGACAUUGAUGGUCAGACCUGAGCACGGUUUGUAAACCCCCCCCCUAACCCACCCAGUCCUCCCCACCGCCCCUUUGCAAGACACAAACUAGAGCAUCCUUUUAGGCAUGGCUUGCUGAGUAUGCCAAACUAUUUAUUCCUGUCACGAUUGACUGCUGUGGAACCUCCAAAGUGGAACGUCCAACUCCAUGAGUGUCUUUUUUCUUUGGAUUUUUGUGUUUUGUACCAAAGAGGAACAACGAUACGUGGUAACCUACUGAGAACCUGCCGCCUCUGCAGUGUACAUUUGCGUUUUGCGUAACAAGGCUAUUUUUCUCAAUGAAAUUUGGAACCAAAAAACAAACGGUCACUGCAGUGGAUGCUAGUUUUUAGGAGGAUAUACAAUUGAACCCGCUUAAAAGACUAUUAGCAACAUUUCACUAACAAGUUCUCCUUGUGUAUUUUUUGCUCCUGAAAAUGAAUUUCCCAUUACCGUAUUUUCCGCACUAUAAGGCGCACCGGAUUAUUAGCCGCACCUUCAAUGAAUUACAUAUUUCAUAACUUUGUCCACCAAUAAGCCGCCCCGGAUUAUAAGCCGCGCCUACGCUGCGCUAAAGGGAAUGUCAAAAAAACAGUCAGAUAGUUCAGUCAAACUUUAAUAAUAUAUUGAAAACCAGCGUUCUAACAACUCUGUCCCAAAAUGUACGCAAAUGUGCAAUCACAAACAUAGUAAAAUUCAAAAUGGUGUAGAGCAAUAGCAACAUAAUGUUGCUCGAACGUUAAUGUCACAACACACAAAAUAAACAUAGCGCUCACCUUCUGAAGUUAUUCUUCAUUCGUAAAUCCUUCGAAUUCUUCGUCUUCGGUGUCCGAAUUGAAAAGUUGCGCAAGCGUGGGAUCCAAAAUGGCCGGUUCCGUCUCGUCGAAGUCAUCGGAGUCAGUGUCGCUGUUGUU